AUGAAGACAAAAGAGUCUCUGAAAAAACUACAGGAUGCUGAAAAAGUUUUUGAUUUAGUGCAAAGGCUUUCUUCAGAAGACAGUGCCGUUGCUAGUAUAGCUUGCAAAGAAGCCGAUGAUUUUCUUAAACAGAAAUGCAGUGAUGGUUUCGACAGGUCUGUUAUCAAUAAAUUGGACCAACCUUCAAAAAACUUAGAUGAUGUAACUGGAAAAGAGGAUGAUGUGACUGCAUUUAUGACUGCGGUUGCACAGGAUGCACAAGAACGUGCUGAGCGACGAGCUAGACAACGAGAACGUGCAGAUAAACUCAAGGAUCGUGCAAAUACAUUUUUCAAGGCUGGGAACUUUAAAAAAGCUGUUGAGUUGUAUUCACUGGCAAUCGAUGUGGCAAAGGAUUAUGAUAUUUUAUAUACUAAUAGAGCUCAAGCAUAUCUUCGUCUUGGUCAACCUGAUUUAUCACUAAAAGAUUGUGAUACUGCUUUACUACUAUUCCCAGAAGUUCAAGAACUCAAUUCUGAUAUGAAAUCAACAAUGGUGAAUAAUAAUCGUGAUAUUGUUUCUAAUCCUCGUCUAGCUAAAGUUUAUUUACAUCGUGGUAAAGCAUUAAUGUCACUUAAUCGACCAUCAGAAGCACUUUCCGCAUAUUCAUUAUCUCGUUACUAUUCAUCAUCAAAAACUGAAAAAUGUACAUCGACAAAACCAAAUAGUGAAAAAUGGCCAAAUUAUUUAAUUGAAUAUGUUUUACAAGCUGAAGCUGCUUUAAUUGCUCAAGAAGCUGACGCAAAAGCUGAAGCAAAUUUCGCCCAAUCAGCUAUAGGCUUUAAAUUGAAUGUGAAUAGUGAAAACUCAAAUAAUAUCCCUUCUAGCCAACAACUUUUAAGUCUCCUAGCUCAAUUAGCUCGAAGAAAUCAAAAUUCUAGAUAUUAUAGUGCAGGGUUACGCUAUAUGAAUCGUCUUUUUAUCAAUGCUCCGAAAACUAAGCCUACAACAAUCACAGAAUUAAACAAUACAGUUCACGACUCAAAAGUUGGACCUUCCGAAUCUUUAAACUGUAAUUCAGAAAAAAAGAAAUCUAAUAAGAAAAUCAAAAGUGCACAACAUAACUCAUCAAUGUCUGACGAUUCCAAUAUUAUCAAUUGCGAUAAUCAUCCGUCCACUGAAACUUUGUCCGAGUUACAAACGAUUUUCCGCAUAAAAAGUGGAUUUAGCCUUCUGGAUAAAGAAGUUAAUGCAAUCUAUCAAAUUUUCAAUCCCGAUAAUAUUUGUGAAAAAGAAAUGUUAAUACAACAGUCAAAUGUUGUGAGUUCAUCUACUCAAAAUAAUAACAUAACUGAAAGUGGAAAAGAAGAAGAUAAUGGGGCAAAUGAAACCAAUUAUUACUCAAUACUUGAUGAAUCUGAGAGAAUGCUUGCUUUACUUAAUCUAGCAGAUCAUUUAACAACAAAUUGUGCAGAAAACCAACGAUUACUCAUUGAACGUCAACCGAAUUUAAUUAAAAUUACACUUGCUUGUAUUAAUUUAUCACCUGAGUUUGUUCAACGAAUAACACUUCAUUCAUCAAUAACACCUUCGUCAUUAUCAUCAGAAAAUGUCAAUUUAACUAUGGAAAAACAACGAAGCCUACAUAUUCUCGGUGAACUUAGACUAGCCGCUUGUAAUUUGUUGGUUAAUUUAACUUCCUUACCAAGUGGUCGACAAUCUUUAUUGGAUAUGUAUGGACCUGGUCCUAUUCUGACAAGUUUAGCAAGUUGUUUAUCCACUUCAAUGUCAAAUUCUUAUCAAGUGAAUUCUCCAACUUUAACAUCAACAAAUAUUUCAAGUUUAGCUGAUGCAGCACGUGGAUUAGUUGGCCGUUUAUCAGCAUCAUCUGGAUUAUUUAAUACAACAAAUAGUAAUAAUGUAGACAUCGCUAAAUCCAAUUUAAUUUCAUCGACAAUAGCUUCAGUAUGUGCUACAAAAGCUGCACAAAUUUUGGAGUAUUUAACAGAAAGUUCAAGAUUCCUUAUACUUGCUCGAUCUUCUAGUGAUGGUUUACAAGGUUUAUUGUCAGUCAUUGAGUCUGCUUUAACUUCUUCAUCUCCAACGACUAAUACCAAUCAACCUUCAUCGACAACAUGCCAGUGUCUUGCAACUUUGUUAGACAGUUUAGGCAAUGCUUGCCAAGAUCGUACUUUUCAAAAAACUAUCCUACAAAGUCGUAAAGCUUUAUUAUUCGGAUUAUCUAAUUGCCUUUCGUAUCAUGUCCCACUGCUGAGUGAUGCUAGUCAUGCUCGUCUAAUUGCUUCAAUCUGUCGAUUACUACAUAAUAUUUAUGUGGGACAAUCGGAUCAAUCAAUAGGGACUAAUAACAAUAGCUUCAAUUUGCCAGAUACUUCAAAUAAUGAUUGUUCAACGUCUUGCCUAACAUCAAGCAAAUUAGUUAAUUCUUUACUGAAUAGCAUUGGUACUAUUUUAGAUCAAAUUGGUCAUGGACCAGAAUUGAGAGCUGUAGUUGUUGCUUUAGCUGGAAGAUUAUUACCUCUAUGUUAUGAUACUAAUCAACUUACAUCUUGGUUUGGAGAGAAUACAACAGAAUCAAUUAGCGAUUUAACACCACGAACUCGUUUACUUCUUGCAAUUUUAGAUAGCUGUUCAUUAGAUUCGUGUUCUAAACGUAAUCCUGUCAAUCCAUCAACCGUAACUGAUGAACAACAACAACAACAAUCAAAUGGAAAUGUUUCACCGUCAAAAAAUGAAACAAACAAUAUUACAUCUCAUUUAAUUAUUGGAUGUAUUCGUUGUUUAGCUUUUGGAACUAAUCAUUCAAUUAGUUUACGUUAUGCAAUUGGUGAUGAUAGACGACGUGUUCGACGUUUAGCACGUUUUAUUCGUGCACGACUAUCAGAAUAUACACUUCAAUCACCAAGUAUAUGUAAAUUAAAUGUUUCAUCAAACCAAUUACCACCUAGAGAUGAACCAUUGGCGGGAAAUGUUUGUUUAAUCUUACAACAUUGUGCUUCAGAUACACCAUUAGCUGAACAUCUUCAAGGUACUUCAGUAAUAUAUGAUUUAUUAUCACUAAUACAAGAAAGUCAACGAUUAGAUACUAAAAGGAAUGCAGCAAUUCUUAUUGGUAAAUUAGCUCAAUCAAGUCAAGUACAUCGAGAUGAAUUAUCACGUUUAGAUGGUUACAGUGUAUUAACACCAUUUAAUUCAUGGACUGCAGCAUUAGAACGUUGUUAA